UCUUCUUCCUCCUCCUCCCUUCCUCGUUUUCAUUCGUCGAUGUUGCAGCUCACGCUCUCCGAAACCUCUCUCGCUCUCUCUCUAAAAGCUUAAUUAGGACAAAGAGCGUUAUCCUGGGCGACGGGACACGAACCACGAGCCCCUUACCUCGCAGCGCGGCUGCCACGUGUCAUCGGAAGCUUCGUCUGGCUCCAAGGAUAGACCCAUCUUCUCCCUCUUUCACACACUAAUUCGGCUUUACGCGCAGAAGGCGCGUCCGAGUGAUUUCAGAGAAGAGGAGGGAGUGAGAGGGUGGGAGAGAUGGACCACGCUGGCGAUGCUCACCGGACGGACCUGAUGACCAUAACUCGCUUCGUGCUCAACGAGCAGUCCAGGCACCCCGAGUCCCGCGGCGAUUUCACCAUCCUCCUCAGUCACAUUGUUCUCGGCUGCAAGUUCGUCUGCUCUGCUGUUAACAAGGCAGGCCUUGCCAAAUUGAUCGGGCUUGCUGGAGAGACCAAUGUCCAGGGUGAAGAGCAGAAGAAGCUGGAUGUGCUUUCGAAUGAAGUAUUUAUAAAGGCAUUGGUCAGCAGUGGCCGCACAUGCAUUCUCGUGUCAGAGGAGGAUGAAGAGGCAACGUUUGUGGAGCCAUCUAAGCGUGGAAAGUAUAGUGUUGUUUUUGAUCCGCUGGAUGGAUCCUCUAACAUCGACUGCGGUGUUUCAAUUGGAACUAUCUUUGGGAUCUAUAUGAUCAAGCAUAGUAAUGAUCCAACUUUAACGGAUGUGUUGCAACCUGGGAAAAACAUGCUGGCAGCUGGCUAUUGCAUGUAUGGCAGUUCUUGCACGCUUGUGCUAAGCACUGGAACUGGUGUUAAUGGUUUUACCCUGGAUCCAUCAUUGGGCGAAUUCAUUCUCACCCAUCCAGACAUCAAGAUUCCAAAGAAAGGGAAGAUCUACUCGGUGAAUGAGGGAAAUGCUAAAAACUGGGAUGGUCCAACUGCUAAGUAUGUUGAGAAAUGCAAGUUCCCAAAAGAUGGAUCGUCGUCAAAAUCUUUAAGAUACAUUGGAAGCAUGGUAGCUGAUGUUCAUCGUACCUUACUAUAUGGAGGCAUCUUUUUGUACCCUGCUGAUAAGAAGAGUCCCACUGGAAAACUACGCGUUCUUUAUGAAGUCUUCCCGAUGUCAUUCUUGAUGGAACAAGCAGGAGGUCAGGCCUUUACUGGGAAGCAACGGGCACUUGACUUGAUCCCAACCAAGAUACAUGAGCGGUCUCCCAUAUUCCUGGGCAGCUACGACGACGUGGAGGAAAUCAAGGCACUCUAUGCUGCUGAAGAGAAAAAAGAAUAAAGUUGUAGUUUGCUCCUUUCUUCACAUCUGACAAGACCGUUUCCCGGCCACCAGGCUUGACCGAUCAUGGGUUCACAAGAUUAGAACGCUCUGUAUUGUUUUGGUUUAACCAGAUGCUUUAAUCAAAUACUUGUCAGCAACCUUUGUUUAUCUUUGAUUGACUGAAAGUCUAAAUUACAGUGAUUUGCUAGCACAAGCAUGUACUCUAAUAUGUGCUCGCCAGUUACCAGGAUGCUUUUUAGGUAGACUUACUAAAUUGGGUCAUAAACCCAUUUUUUAACCCA